CUUCACCAUGAGUUUUCAGGCAAAGGAUGACAUACUCCAUGUCUUUCUCAAAACCGUGGACGGUAUUUGUAACAAUGGUCUUUGAAUCUUUUUCGUCAGGACAUUACUCAGUAACAAGAAAAAUGACUUGGAUACAUUUCUUGGGCUUCCUGUUCAUCACUCAGUUGUGUGGUUUUGCCAGUUGCAUUCCUAAGUGUGACUUUAGUUCAGAAGUCCUUUUCUGUAGUGGCAAAUUAAUAACUGAAAUGCCAGCAACUAUACCAUCAAAUACAACUCGAUUAACAUUUUUGAACACCAACAUUUCUAUCAUAAGAGCUGGAGUCCUUCAGAAUUAUUCAGCUUCACUGACAAUGCUUGCAUUUAACGAUAACAAUAUACAUAAAAUAGAAAUUGGAGCUUUGGAUGAUCUUACUAACCUGACACAGCUUGAGAUAACAGGUAAUCCAUUGGAAAGGUUGAGCACUGGAAUGUUUGACGACCUUCCACAAUUGAAAAACCUCUAUCUGUCUGAAAACAAGAUCAAUAUCUUGGAUAGUGGAUUAUUUGAUAAUCUUCCCAAUUUAGUUGAGCUGAGAUUGUUUGAGAAUGAAAUACAAGUCCUUCCUGCUCAGAUAUUUGACAAAUUGACACUGCUUGAAAGACUGCAUUUGGCUAAAAAUCAGAUAAGCAAUCUGCCUUCGGGAAUAUUUGAAAAUCUUUCCAAACUCAUGCAGCUCAAACUUUCCCACAAUCAGCUCACUGAUCUCCAGGAAGGUAUUUUUGAUAAUCUUACUGAAUUAGUGGAACUUUCUUUGACAAAUAACAGUGUGACACAUCUCCCACCUGGAAUCUUUUCCAAACUGCUUAAAUUACAGAAACUAUAUUUGAACCAAAACAGAAUCACAGAGCUUCCUUUUGGACUGUUACAUAAUUUAACAAAAAUAUCUAAAUUGAAAUUUGAAUCUAACAUGCUCUCAAGUCUUCCUACUAGUUUAUUUGGAUUAACAUCAACUCUCAAGACACUUUCACUGACUGAAAACAAUCUCAGCACUAUUCCUGAUGAUAUGCUUAGUAAACUGCCUAAUUUAAAAACUCUGAUAUUGAGCAAGAACCAGAUUACUCAUCUUCCAAAGAAAGCUUUCAAUGGCCUUGAUAAAUUAACUCAACUUCAGCUGAAUGAAAAUCAACUUGUUACCUUAGAUAAAGACAUUUUUAAAAACUUACACCUUUUGAAACGGCUUGACCUUGCUUCAAAUCAACUAUCUGAUGUACCUGAUGGAAUAUUUGAUAAUUUGAGAAACCUGGCUUCAUCUGGACUCAAUCUGCUGCAAAAUCGUUUCGUGUGUGACUGUCACUUAUUGUACCUUAGAAAUUGGAUGAAGUCGAAUAAAAAUGAAGUGAAAUCAUAUUCUGAGAUGAAGUGUUACAUGCCUGAUGAUCCCAUUACAAAGGUUAUUCACUCUUUAAAGGAAGAAGAACUAAUCUGUCUUACUACAACAGAGAAAAGUACUACUGCAGAAAUUCCAACUUCUACCACGGCCAUAUUGACAUCUACUGGGAUUAGUACAAUUACAACAGAAUUGACGACAGAACAGCUCAGCACCACAGAGAUUUCAACUUCUAGUGUGACCACUUGGGUAUCUACUCCCAUUUCCACAUUAACAACAGAGUUCACAACAGAGCAGAGCAGCUCUUUGGUGGCAUCAACUGCAUCUAUGAAGACAUCAACAGCCCCUACUAUAGUGACAACUGAAUUAUUAACAACUACAGAGAUUUUACCCCCAACCGAGACUCCAAUAUUAUCGACCCCCUGCACGACAACAACAGCGACAGCAACAAAGCAAACCACGAUUCCAGCAAUUUCAACUUCAGUUGCAACUACAUUAAUUUCUGUUCCCAGUACUGUAAUGACAACAGAACAGAACACUACUCCAGAAAUUAUAACUUCUGCUACUGAAAGUCCUAACCCAACCCACCACUCAGUGGAGAUUCACCCGAACACCAUAAUGCACUUCGACUCACUGGCAUUCCAAAGAUUCCCUGCUCAUUGAUGAACAGGACCUGAACAUCCUAGAGAAGGGGAAGAUGGCACUGCCAUCCUGAUGGAUGGGAUGGUGUAGAGGAGGGCAGUCCUCUUCUCUGUGCACUAGCAGAAGAUGCUGUGCCACUAGAUCCUGCCAGCCUUCUCUGAGGCUACUGCCCAGGUCGGUGUCACCUCCACUGUGUGGUCAGGUGGUCUGCUGUGCCUGAAAGUCAAUGAUCUUCUUCAUUCUGCAAGGAUACGUGGCCACAUUUUCCCUCUCCCAGCUCAUCCUAACUCUCUCUCUGCCACUGAACACUGCCCGAUAACAGACUUCAGAACAUCUGCUCAACGCUCGAAGAGGAACUUGGAGUGGGAGGAGGAGGAUCCAAUUGUUGUGAUGCAUGUAUGUACCAGUGAUAUGGGCAGGACAAAGAAGGAGCUUUUGUAUAGUUACUCUGAGGAGCAAGAAACCCUAUGGCUUUCUAGAGGUAAUAAAGGAAUAAAAGAAUGACGAGAGUAAGAUUAGGGCCAAUCAAGGAUAGUAGUGGGAGAUAUAGCAGUUUGGAUCAGUAAUUGGCUUGCUGAAAGAAGACAGAGGGUGGUGGUUGAUGGGAAAUGUUCAUCCUGGAGUCCAGUUACCAGUGAUGUACCACUAGGGUCGGUGUUUAUUCCACUGCUGUUUGUCAUUUUUAUAAAUGACCUGAAUGAGGGCGUAGAAGGGUGGGUUAGUAAAUUUACAGAAGACACAAAGGUCAGUGGAGUUGUGGAUAGUGACGAAGGAUAUUGUAGGUUACAGAGAGACAUAGAUAAGCUGCAGAGCUGGGCUGAGAGGUGGCAAAUGGAGUUUAAUGCGGACAAGUGUGAGGUGAUUCACUUUGGUCAGAGUAAUCAGAAUGCAAAGUACUGGGCUAAUGGUAAGAUUCUUGGUAGUGUAGAUGAGCAGAGAGAUCUCGGUGUCCAUAUACACAGAUCCUUGAAAUUUGUCACCCAGGUUGACAGGGUUGUUAAGAAGGCAGACAGUGUUUUAGCUUUUAUUAAUAUAGGGAUCAAGUUCCGGAACCAUGAGGUUAUGCUGCAGCUGUACAAAACUCUAGUGCGGCCGCACUUGGAGUAUUGUAUACAGUUCUGGUCACUGCAUUAUAAGAAGGAUGUGGAAGCUUUGGAAAGGUUGCAGAGGAGAUUUACUAGGAUGUUGCCUGGUAUGGAGGGAAGGUCUUAUGAGGAAAGGCUGAGGGACCUGAGACUGUUUUCGUUAGAGAGAAGAAGGUUGAGAGGUGACUUAAUAGAGACAUAUAAGAUAAUCAGAGAGUUAGAUAGGGUGGACAGGGAGAGCCUUUUUCCAAGAAUCGUGACGGUGAGUACGAGGGGUCAUAGCUUUAAAUUGAGGGGUGAUAGAUAUAGGACAGAUGUCAGAGGUAGUUUCUUUAUUCAGAGAGUAGUACGGGUAUGGAAUGCUUUGCCUGCAAUGGUAGUAGAUUCUCCAACGUUAAGUACAUUUCAGUCGUCAUUGGACAAGUAUAUGGACGUACAUGGAAUAGUGUAGGUUAGAUCGGCUUCAGAUUGGUAUGACAGGUCAGCGCAAAGUCGAGGGCCGAAGGGCCUGUACUGCGCUGUAAUGUUCUAUGUUCUAUGUUCUAUAUAGACAAGGUGGUUAAAAAAGCAUUUGGCAUGCUUGCCUUCAUUGCUCAGUCCUUUGAGUAUAAGAGUUAGGAAGUCAUGUUGAGGACAUUGGUGAGACGUCUUCUGGUAUACUGUAUCCAGUUCUGGUCAUUCUAUUGUAGGAAAGAUAUUAUUAAGCUGGAGAGGAUUCAGAAGAGAUUUACCAGGAUAUUGCUGGAUAUGGAAGGUUUGAGUUAUAAAGAAACGCUGGAUAGAGUGGGAUUAUUUUUUCACUUGAAUGUAGGAGUUUGGGAGGAUAUCUGGCAGAAGUUAAUAAAGUAAUGAGAGGUGUAGAUAGAGUGAGUGGUAGUUGCCUUUUCCCCAGGAUGGUGGAUUUCAAUACUUGGGGGGCACAUUUUUAAGGUGAGAGGGGAGAGAUUUAAAAAAGACAUUGGAGAAAAAUUCAUUGCACAGAGGGUGGUUCGCAUAUGGAAUGAACUUCCUGAAAAACUGAUGGAUAUGAGUAUAAUUACAAAGUUUAAAAAACAUUUGGAUAGAUAUAUGAAUAGGAAAGAUUUGGAAGGAUAUGGGUCAGGAGCAGGUUGGUGGGACUAGUUUGAUUCAGGAUUAUGUUUGGCAUGGACUGGUUGGAUUGAAGUGUUUGUUUCUUGCUGUAUGACUUGACGACCCUAUAAAAGUUUAUGAAAUCACAAGGGAUAUAGAUAGGGUUAAUGGUAGGUGUUCUCUAGUGUUAUGGAUCAGACCGGACCCCCUCAAAACAUUUCAAGAAAGUAGCCUGAUCCCUAACUUUGCUAGUUGUUUUAAGCAGGUGUCAAGUGGAUAUAUUAGGAGGGAUGCAGCUGGUCAAACUACUUAGUUUUAAACAAAACAGAAUUUAUUUGCAAGAUUACCGAAUGAAACACAAACAAAAGUGAUCAGGAUACAGAUUAACUUAAUCUGUCUGAAACUCAACAAAUCAUCCCAACUUAAUGAUGCUGUUCCAAAUACUUGCAGCAAUAUCCCUAAAAACUCCUUGACACAACAAGUAAAAUCAAACUCAGGGUCUUACAUGACAGAGAGAGGUGGCAGCAUGGAAUACUUUCUUCCAUGUAACUGUUUCUUAGAUCAGCAACCUCAUAACUGACUGACUGCUUUCAGUGAACAGCCAGACUGUUAAAACCAAACCAAACCAGAGAAAAGUUGAACUGGGAGAACUGGUCACUCCCCUUUCAUCAUACAAGUGUUUUUUAAAGCUUGGAAGUUGUUUGCCUGAGGCGGUAUCUGUUAGCUACAAAUAAAUUGGCCCUAAAACUCAUCCAACUCAGACUUUUCAGAACCUGUGCCCUUUAUGACCUCUGAAAAAAAAAACCAAGGACAACAUAACCUUGUUAAAGGAGCAGCAUCAUUACACAAGGAUUGGGGAUUUCAAAACUAGGGGCACAUUUUUAAGGUCAGAGGAGAGAAAAUGGUCCUGUUCAUAUACUCCACUAUUCCUAAAGUUUGAGAAUUGUGACACAUAUGCCAUUUGUCCUCUAUCAUUAGCAACUGUAAUGUCAUUCACAUCAUCUGUCCCGUAAAAUGGCUCCCUUGCUCUGAUUCUACCAUAUUGUGCCAACCCCACCUUUAAAGCACUUCUUUUAUGUGGAUUCAUACUGUUCACACAGCUGAGGCAGACCUACAGGGAAGAGCCUCCACCCAUUUGUGAAAUCAUCCACCAGGACCAGGCAAUACUUGUUUCCUUUUGGGUCAUUGGCAGAAGACUAAUAAAAUCCAUCUGUACGGAUUGUCAUGACCCUUUGGGAAACUCCAUAUUUAAUCUUCCUGAUCUGGGAGGGGAAGGGAGGCAUUCAGGGUUCUUGUAUAGGUAGACAAAAUAUCCUUUCACAUAGGCCUCCACAUCCAAGCCCAUUCACUGUUGUAAGCAAUGAGCCAAUCUGUACCUCGCAGUCCUUUACAUGCAGUCUCAUUGAGUCUUGAGCGCCCUGUCCUUAGUCUCAAAGACUUUGAUUUAUCUCCAAUGGCCAAGUCACCUGUGAAACCUUCCAGUUGGUAUGGUUGUCCAUUGCAAAUUUCAGUGGAUUUGAUGAAUGGUGCACCAGUGUCUACUCGAUAUGUUCUCUAUUCCUCCGCACGCACACACAGGGCACAGGGAAAUACUGCAUUCAUUGUCCAUUAUGGCACACUUAAAUUCACAAUGGGCAGAGCCCCUUCAGAAUGUCACCAAAGGCAGGGCAGAGUAGGAGAUUCCCUCCCUCCCAUUCUGGGCAGGGACCUUCCCCAUUGACCCUCUGAGUUCAGCUACCUCUCAGCAUAGUUCCUCCAUUUUUCAGAGUCAAAAUCUCCUUCUUCCUUUCCUCCAUUUAUUGGAGAAGUUUUGCUUGGAUCCCUGCUGGCCCACUUAAACUGCCACUUCUUGUCACAUUUAGAGCGUUUCUCUCCUGUCCCCGGAGCUAAGCGCCCUGGUCUAUUCUUUCCCUCCUGCUUUACUCUGCCUACUCAUACACUUUUCCCUCAGGCUUCUGUUGUGGCUCCAUUUUCUUAUCAGAUUGUCUCUUUUCAAAACAAAGGGUCACUUUUCUCAAUACCGCAGUUGCUGUUCAGCGGCUGUAGAGUCAAAUUCCUCAAACAUUGCAACAUUUAAGAGGCAUUUGGAUGGGUAUAUGAAUAGGAAGGGUUUGGAGGGAUAUGGGCAGGUGGGACUAGAUUGGGUUGGGAUAUCUGGUCGGCAUGGACGGGUUGGACCGAGGUGUCUGUUUCCGUGCUGUACAUCUCUAUGACUCUAUGACUCUAACACACCAGAGGGAUUGACCUAUCAGCGUCCUCAAUCAAUGAGUUAAUAUAUGAUCUGUAAGGUCAUUUCUGUGGUUUGAAACCUGGGAAUCGCUGCUUUACAAGCUGCCCACAAUCAAUCCACGUUUGACGCAGGGCUUGCUGAAGAUUAUCUAAGUGUUUAAUUGGUGCCCAUGGCAACCAGCACAUCAUUUUGAAGUGCAUUAUAUUCUCCUGUUUAAGAACAAAGAACAAAGAAAAUUUACAGCCCAGGAACAGGCCCUUCAGCCCUCCAAGCCUGAACCGAUCCAAAUCUACUGUCUAAACCUGUCGGUCAAUUCUUAAGCAUCUGCUCCCCACCUACUCAUGCAUCUGUCCAGAUGCAUCUUAAAUGAAUCUACCAUGCCUGCCUCUACCACCUCUGCUGGCAAUGCGUUCCAAAUGUCCACCACCCUCUGUGUGAAGUACUUGCCAUGUGUAUGCCCCUUAAACUUUCCACCGCUCACCUUGAAAGCAUGACCUCUCGCUUGUUGGAAGGUCUGACACUGAUGUACAGCAUCAAAAGAACUGCGGGUAUAAAUAGAAAGGAACUGGGCAUGGGGAGAAACAAAGUCAAGUCAAGAUAGGAAAAGAUAAAUUCCAUGACACAGGAACAGUAGAAACAAUUGGUCUGCCUGGACAGUCCAGUUGGUGGGAGUAGGUAGAAGUGAUCAAUGCAGGAAUCAGGGACUAUGAGCUGCGAGACUGUCCAGGGGAGAUACCCAGAUGUGAUGGGGUUGAUGACAGUUGUGGUCACAAUGGCCCUUGUUGAUAAGCUCCAUGUUAAUGGUCCAACUCAUCUAAUUAAAUUCUACUUCUGAUCAUACACUCAAUAAACUAGCCCUCAAGAGUACCUGGCAUGGAAAUUGGAGCGGGUGUCUGGUGGAUUCAUCCCUCUACUAUGUCCAAACGACUCCCAUGUUGCCCACGGCCAAGCUGCAGCCCAGGGCAUACCCUAUGGGCACCAAACACGCAUAUCCUUCAUCCAUGGGCAUAGCAUCUGACAUUCAGCUAAUCCUCGCCACCAUGCUGGCACUUUGCCAAUGACUUGGCAGUGUGCCCGGGAAGGUCAGUGUUGCAUUGUGGGGCACACCAGUAACCAGUGGCGCAUGGUUGCAUUAGGUCCUAGUAUUUAACGAGGACAGACACCCAGCCCAUGGCUUGGACCAGGCUGCCUACUUGCACUGCUCACACACUGUCUUAGUGCCUGUUCACUUGGCAUCUAACAGCAGACCCACAGCAUAAAUGCCUUGAUUUACCAUUGCAAAUUGGCAUAGUCAUAUAACCAGGCAGCUGGUCAUGUGGCACAGCAAUCCUCAGUCAAGGGCACUUUAAAGGUGGCUGCACAGCAGUGUGCCACAUCCUAUUCCACACCUGUACCAUGUGGCGCAGCAUUCAUGUCAAACCCAAUGCAUCCGCUGCAAGCAGUUGGACUGUCUCAAAGUCUUAGGGGAGU